AUGUCACCGGCGCAGGCGCCUUUACCUGUUUCUGCACCUGAUCUGAUGGGCCCGCAAAAAGCGGAAAGCGCGCUUGAGCAGUCGGGGACGUCGAAGUCGAAUUACAAGGGUUUUGUUGCGGGUGUGUUCUCGGGUAUUGCGAAGCUGAGUGUUGGGCACCCAUUUGAUACCGUCAAGGUUCGUCUACAAACUAGCAAAGAUGUACAGUUCCGCGGACCGAUGGACUGCACGCUGCAGACUUUGCGAAAGGAAGGUGUACGCGGGUUUUACAAGGGAGCUACACCGCCGCUGGUCGGAUGGAUGGUGAUGGACUCUGUCAUGUUGGGUUCUUUGACUCUCUACCGUCGAUUACUACUUGAAAACGUCUUCUCGAAACCUCACAUCCGCCCUUACCUCCCUUUCACACGCUGGCAGCCAGACCUAGCAACCCUCCCUAGUUUCGGGCAUGGAAUUGCCGGUAUUAUGGCUGGUACGACAGUCAGCUUCAUCGCAGCCCCAGUCGAGCACGUUAAGGCUCGCCUGCAGGUGCAGUACGCCGCGGACAAAUCGAAGCGUAUGUACAGCGGACCGAUCGACUGUCUCCGCAAGAUGAUGCGCACGCACGGUAUUCGUGGCUUGUACCGCGGACUUUGGGCAACAGUCUUCUUCCGCUCAUUUUUCUUCUUUUGGUGGGGCUCUUACGACAUCCUUACUCGCUACUUCAAAAAUAACACCACGAUGUCUGCGCCUGCCAUCAAUUUCUGGGCUGGCGGUAUCUCUGCCCAGUGCUUCUGGAUGUUUUCCUACCCGUCCGAUGUUGUCAAGCAGCGUCUUAUGACCGACCCCAUGGGCGGCGCGCUGAAUGACGGCAAACGACAGUUCCGCGGCUGGAAGGAUGCUGCGGUCGCCGUGUGGCGUGAACGUGGGUGGAGAGGGUACUGGCGGGGCUUUAUGCCGUGUUUCCUCAGGGCGUUCCCGGCGAAUGCAAUGGCCCUGGUUGCAUUCGAGGGUGUAAUGCGUACCUUGCCCUAA